UAAUAUUGAUCAGUUUCAUAGUAUGUGAAACACUUUAAAAGAAGAGUAAAGAAACAAUAUGGACCAGAGGCGAUCAAACGCAAAUCAAUCAAGAUCUACAGAUCGCAAAACGGUUGAGAAAAAUAGAAGGAUUCAGAUGAAAGCUCUCUACUCAGAACUCAACUCUCUUCUUCCUCAAACUUCUAGGGAGUCUUUAGCACUACCUGAUCAGCUAGAUGAAGCUGCAAACUACAUCAAAAAGCUACAAGUGAACGUGGAGAAAAAGAAAGAAAGGAAGAGGAAACUUGUUGCGACUUCAGCUUUCGAGAAAUUGAAUUCCACUGGAUCUUCAUCGAUGUCUUCGAGUGUGGACGUCUCUGUGCUAAGAAAGUUGCCAAGAAUCGAGAUUCAAGAAACUGGUCCGGUUCUUCAUAUCUUUCUUGUGACAAGCUUGGAACACAAGUUUAUGUUCCAUGAGAUCACUCGUGUUAUCACUGAGGAAUCAGGAGCUGAGAUCACUCAUGCUGGAUACUCUAUUGUUGAUGAUGCCGUCUUUCACACUAUUCAUUGCAAGCUGGAAGAUUGUGAUUAUGGAGCUGGAAGUAGAAUUUCAGAGAGUCUGAAGAAACUUGUGAACACUGUCAACUAAUAUUCUCUCUUGUGUACCAUUUGGUCCUUCUCCUUGCAGCUUUUUCUAUAUUUUAUUUUCUUUUUAUUUUCUUGUUCCUUUUGUUGAAUUUAUCUUGUCAUGUGAAAGCGAUGUUUCUAAUGUGAUAAUUUAUC